UGUCAAAGUCAUAUGUUUCUAACCUCAAAAAAUUCAUUGGAUACAAAAAUAAUAACAGUGUUUUUCCGAACUAAAUAAAUGUGUAAAUUUUAUCAUGUUAAACAUACUUAAAAUAAAUUUAUCUUCUAGAUCUUUUUUCAUUCUACAAACUCGAUUCAAAACAAAGACACAUUGGGCAAAACUAAAAAAGAAGGCCGGACCUAAACACAAGGCAUUAAAUCAUUUUGACGAUUUCUACGGUUCCGUUUUUGGUGAACAAUGGCCGCCAAUGAAAGAAGCUUUACUUCGCCGAUCUAAAUACGUCGCUGUUAUAAAUAAUUACGGAGAUGCAGAAGAAACUAUGAAAUAUCUUUCUAAUAGAGGUGCACAUUGUCUUAAAGAUUUAAUGAAAAUCCAACAAGCUUUUUCCAAUGAAUACACACCUACAGAAACCGACUCUGAUACACAGCCAAAGUCACACACAAACAUUAUAGACAAUUAUAUUUCUAAACUUCAGAGUGAUGAAGUUUCAGAAGUUUACCCCAAGAGUGAUAAUGUACCAGAAAAAAUUGAUUUAAACGAUAAUUUUGUUAAAACAGAUAAUAAAAAAGUUGAUGAAAUAGUAAGUGUUAAUAGAACCUUAGAUCAAGCAAUAGAUGAUGCAGAAAUAGACCAGUCUAGAAUAAUUGAGCCAUCUAUGGGGAUCAAUUCUGAAGUUUUGUACCAAUAUAUACCAGCAACUAAACUCAAAGGUUUAGAAGAAUGGGUGCCUGAGUCUCUUCAUUAUUCUUACUAUAAUAGCAAAGACAAAGACUUCCCGUUAAUAGUUGAGCCAGAAACGGAAUUCACUUUUCCGGAACAUUUGAAAGUGUACACAUAUGAAAUGAACAGUGACUGGAGCAUGUUUCCUGAACCAAAGAGAUGUCAGACAGGUGUGUUUAACUAUUAUCCAAUGGAUUGUAGCAGUGUACUCGCAGUUCUAGCUCUCUGUCUUUCACCAGGUGAUAGAUUGCUAGACUUGUGUUCAGCACCGGGGGGCAAAGCCCUAGUUGCAUUGCAGACAUUGCUACCUGAUAUAGUUGUUUGUAAUGAUGUGUCUAUAUCUAGGUCAAACAGGACUGAAAGGAUAUUCCGUGAUUACUUGUUGGACUUCGGGGAUAACAAAUGGCGGGAAAGAGUGCUCCUUUCCCGCGUUGACGGACGUAUUUUUACUGAUGAUCAAGGAUUCGAUAAGGUACUUGUAGAUGUGCCGUGUACUACAGACAGACAUUCAGUGAAUGAGGAUGAGAACAACAUAUUCAGGCCGGAUCGAGUCAAGGAGAGAUUGAGGAUACCAGAGCUGCAGACACAGUUAUUAGUGAAUGCUUUAAAGCUGGUGAAGGUAGGCGGGGCGGUGGUGUACUCUACGUGCUCUCUGAGCCCGGUGCAGAACGAUGGCGUGUUGCACACCGCGCUCAGGCACGCAUUCGAAACCCAUCAAAUCGUCGCUGCUGUUAGAGAUCUAUCAUCAUCACUGCGCAGUCUGAGCAGCACGUUGCAGCUGGGCAGUGGACCUGCGAAGCCUCGCUUUGGGCAGCUGGUGGUGCCAUCAACCGCUGCUAACUUUGGACCCGCAUACAUCGCUAGACUCGUAAGAGUUAAGUAACGCUAAGUAGCAUUUAAGUAUUAUUAAAAUUAA